GCUCUCUUGUACAUAUCGAUCCUUACAAAUGCGUUACAUGUAAUUAUUGAAAUAUUACUGCGAUAACUUGUAUGCACCUUUUCAUCGCCAGUUUUAGAUUGAACCUACAACAUUCGUGAAAUAGUUUGUGAGACGUAAAUCAUAGUUCAUGCAGUGUUUUACAAGUUUGUUUUUGUUAAUGCUAUGGAGUCCGUAGCAAAGUUUCUAAAUGCCGCCAUAGUUCUACCAUUCACAGCUGGAGACGCAUCUGAAAACCAAAUCAACAGUGAUUAUAUACGACCCCACGAUGGUAGUAUCAGUGGAGUGAUUCUUAUUUCAAGCGUCUUGGUGAUUGUUUUUCUUGCUAUGUUUAGAAUUAGAUUGGUGGAUUCAAAAGUAAACAAGACUAUACCAUAUUUAACAUUACGUUCAUAUCUGUGUGUCACAAUUGUCCUAGCUAUAGUUGUUUUUAUUUCUCAUUUCAUCAUAUAUCGAGUUAAGCGUGUAAAACUCAUAACUUUACCUUUAACAUGCUUUCUAAAAGUCGGCGCUAUUACUAAAUUGAAACUUGGAUUUUUAUGGAUUUUUACGUUUGGAGGUUUUGUGUAUGCCUUGAUAAAAGUGAUCAGAGUUCCUUGCAAAGCGAAUACACUAAAGGACUAUAAGAGUGUCGGGUGUAUAGACAAAAACUUCACGUACUACAAAGACUACGAAGAGGCAAAUAUUACUUUUCAUUGCCUUCAAAUUUCAUUUUAUUUCAUCCAGUCUUGUUUUAUACAUUUCUUCAUUCGAUCCUGCUUCAGGAGUUCAUGGAAGAUUUAUUAUAGCUUUGUAUUUAUAGUUCUUGCAAACAUAUCACAAUGGGCGCAUUAUUUUGCUGAUAUAUACAAAGACUCAAACACAAGAGGCUACAAAUUGUUUUGUCCUAUGAGUAAUUAUUCAAUUGAAAACUGCUACUGGGAAACUAUUUUGAAAGAAAUAGAACCAUACCUAAGACCAGUUCAAAUGGAGUAUUUUCUGUUAUCGAUGGUUCUGAUUGCUGAACUUUGGCCAUCCAAGAAAACUUACUCAAAUGAAAUUAAUUUGAUUGAAGCAGAUAUCGCAAAUGAAUACACACCAUUUGAAUCCUCCACGCGUGGAUUACUUAAAAAGCCUAUGUGUUUGUCAAGUCGUGUACGAACUUGUAUGUUCGUUACUUUGGUAGUUUUAUUUUUUCUGCCUUGUUAUAUCUUCAGUUACUUAGCAUUAUUAAAAAGCGAGAAGAAGGACAAGUACGUCAAUGUAACAAUGAAAAAUGUCAAUGUGUUUUAUGAUAUAUUCAUAUCAUUGAUUGAGAAAAUGUUAUUGAUUAUGAAUUUUUAUAUGAUUUCACAAUCGUCAUAUUUAAGACCCGUUAAACGAAAAGAAGGCUUCCAUUUUCAUCAUAAUAUGUUAAUUGCAAGUUUCUUAGGUUCCAUUGGAUAUUUAUCAUUAGUAAUGAUAUCGUGCAUACAUGCAGGACAAGAACAUCUGUUAAUCGCCCAGAAAUUUCUAACAAUGAUAAAACUCUACUUUCAAGUUGUUUGCAUUCUUCAAUUACAUAAUUAUGAAAAAUGUCAACGAGGCGUUGGCGAAUACAUUUAUCUUGCACUAUCGAUUCUGAAUCUUUGUUCUUGGAUUGAUGGCAGUAUUUUUGGAGGUAUUUCCAUAUAUGAUGAAGAAAUUUUAAAAGUGGUAUAUGAUAUCACAACACAGAGACUAAUAACUAACGUUUUAUUUCCCUUUUUAAUCUUCUUUCGAUUUGAAUCCUUUAUUAUAUAUUAUGGGAUUUUCCGUCAAACCUCAGUUAAAGACACUCUAUUAAAAAGCCCUGAUCAUUUACUAUUCGAUGAGCUGUAAACGUUCACGCGCAAUACAUUUCAUGGAACAAAGUUUUCCUAUGUGAUAUAGUGACGUAACAGGAAAAAUAUUAUCAGUUAUCAGUUUCCCUAUGUAUCCACAUGAAAUAUAACCAAUUGGUAAAAUUGUUGUCAGUUUGUUAUCUUUUCUUUUAAAUGUUAAGUUUUUGUCAGAUAAGUUAUUGUUAUUAUUAUUAAUAAAUGAUGAAUCAUA